CCACUGAAAUCAUAUUGCUGGGAUAGGAUUCCCAGAGAGUUAGAUGAAUCACCAGGAGUGGAAUUCGCCGACUUAUCUACCCUGGAUGGAUAUUUGAAGCACUGGGGAAGCCAUAGAAUUACUCGAAAUAAAACACUCUAUUCUUGGAUUAAUGAAGAAGGGGAUGUGGUGUACCAAAGGACUUAUGGAGAACUUCAUGCCAAUGCUUCUUGGAUCGCUCAAAUGCUCUUGAGAAACCAGAAACCUGAUAUAAAGUUUGGUGAUAGAGUUCUCCUGGUCCAUGUCCCAGGUCUAGAUUUUGUUGAUGCCUUUUUUGGGUGCUUGAGAGCUAGAGUAAUACCAGUUCCAGUUCUUCCUCCGGAUCCACUUCAAAGAGGCGGACAAGCUCUUUUGAAGAUUCAAAAUAUUGCUCAAUCAUGCAAUGCAGUGGCAAUUCUGUCGACCAUUGGUUACCAUUCUGCUGUUCGGGCAGGUUCUGUGAAGAAUUUGAUUUUGUCGGCUGGUAAAAGUGGGAAGUCAGCUCGCUGGCCUAAUCUUCCAUGGUUACACACAGAUUCUUGGACCAAGAACUCCAAAAAUAUGCUUGCAGAAGAUAUGGAAGAUCAUUCUGAACCAGCAGCAGAUGAUCUGUGUUUUCUUCAAUUCACAUCAGGGUCGACUGGUGAUGCUAAAGGAGUGAUGAUUACUCAUGGAAAUCUCAUUCAUAAUGUGAAGUUAAUGCGAAAGAGAUACAAGAGCACGUCGAAGACAGUACUAGUUAGCUGGCUUCCUCAAUAUCAUGACAUGGGAUUGAUUGGGGGACUUUUCACAGCUCUAGUUAGUGGGGGAACUGCGAUACUAUUUUCCCCAAUUACCUUCAUCAGGAACCCACUCUUGUGGCUUCACUCUAUGAGUAAAUACCAGGCUACUCACAGUGCUGGCCCCAACUUCGCUUUUGAACUCAUGGUUAGAAGACUGGAAUCCGACAAAGAUAAGGCUCAGAAUUAUGACCUCUCUUCCAUGAUCUUCCUCAUGAUUGCUGCUGAACCAGUGAGGCAAAAAACUCUGAAAAGAUUUGUUGAGCUCACUGGUCCUUUUGGCCUUUCCCAAGAGGUGAUGGCUCCUGGUUAUGGAUUGGCAGAAAAUUGUGUGUUUGUUAGUUGUGCAUAUGGAGAAGGGAAGCCCAUCUUGGUAGACUGGCAAGGAAGGGUCUGUUGUGGGUAUGUGGAUCCUAAUGAUGAGGACAUCGACAUCAGAAUAGUUGAGCCGGAAUCGGGUGAAGAGCUUGAAGAAAUUGGAAAGGAAGGAGAGAUAUGGAUCAGCAGUCCAAGUGCAGGGAUUGGGUACUGGGGCAGGGAGGAACUGAGUGAGAGAACCUUCAGAAAUAAGCUUUUGAGCGGUAAGAAAUACACAAGAACUGGUGAUUUGGGACGGAUAAUUGAUGGCAAAUUUUUCAUUACCGGAAGAAUCAAAGAUCUUAUCAUUGUUGCUGGAAGAAACGUUUACUCAGCCGAUGUAGAAAAAACAGUUGAGAGCUCAUCUGAAGUCCUACGUCCAGGUUGUUGUGCUGUCAUUGGGGUUCCUGAGGAAAUCUUAUCAACCAAAGGGAUAUCAGUUCCAGAUGGUUCAGAUCAGAUUGGUUUGGUUGUAGUUGCUGAGGUUAGAGAUGGAAAACCUGUUAGUAGAGACAUCAUUGAGCAAAUUCAAACCCGAGUUGCAGAAGAACAUGGGGUCAGUGUGGCUUCCAUUAAGCUGAUCAAGCCCAGAACUAUCAGUAAAACAACAUCUGGAAAAAUUAAGAGAUUUGAAUGCCUCAAACAGUUUACUGAAGGAACGCUGAAUUUAGUUCCUGAGCCAAUUAUUUCAAAAAGAUCACUUGUUCGUUCUUUCACUACCGGCACAUGUAGGGAGGGAAAAACACCUCGACCUCAGUUGGGGAAAGGUGCUCUUCCACCAAGGCCCAGAUUGAGUAACAAAGAAAUUGUAGAGUUCCUAAAGAGGCUGGUUUCGGAGCAGACAGGGAUUGCUGUUGAUAAUAUCUCUACAACUGAGAACCUGGUAAGCUAUGGGAUUGAUUCAAUUGGAGUGGUCAGAGCAGCUCAAAAGCUUUCAGAUUUUCUUGAAGUGCCAAUUGGGGCAGUUGAUAUUUUCACUGCAACCUGCAUUCAAGAUUUGGCAUGCUUCUCAGAGGAUCUUGUCAAGAAGUCCCAACCUCAACAUAUGACCAUUCCAUCUUUUCUUCCAGAAUCUGAGACUGGUUCUGCUGAGUUGGUAACUGAAGUUUCAAUAUCUCACCAAUUGCAUAUCUGGCUAUUGCAAUUUGUUGCUCUUAUUUAUGUAUCAUCGAUGCUGAUCCUUCCUGCAUAUCUAUCAAUUUCUGCUUUUAUGGACUUGAUUUCUUCCAGCCAAACUAUGAUCAAAGUCAGUCCAUGGUUGGACUAUAUGAUUUGCUUAGCUCUUGCACCUCUUGCUUGGAUCCUUUGCAUAGUUUCAACCUGCAUUUGUAUUGCUUUGCUUGGGAAUUCAUUCCUUCAACCAAAUUAUGCUCUGACCCCUGAAAUCUCCAUCUGGUCGACUGAUUUCGUUAAAUGGUGGGCACUUUACAAGGCUCAAGACGUUUCUUCAAAAGUUAUGGCAGUGCAUUUGAGAGGAACAGUUUUCCUGAAAUACUGGUUUCAGAUGUUCGGAGCUAGGAUUGGAUCAUCAGUUGUGCUCGAUACUGUUGACAUUACAGACCCAGCUCUUGUUUCCAUUGGGGACGGGGUUGUGAUUGCAGAAGGGGUUUUGGUCCAAAGCCAUGAGGUGAAGAAUGGAAUCUUGAGUUUCCUUCCAAUUAGAAUUGGCCGAAAUUCUUCAGUUGGUCCUUACGCUGUGAUCCAGAAAGGAAGUGUUGUAGGAGAAGAGGCUGAAGUACAAGCAUUGCAAAAGACAGAAGGAGACAAGCCUAUUUCCAGAUCUACCAAGGUCAACAACGUUCGAAAGCAUGCUGUGCUGUCAGAACCUCCCAAUGAUACUCAACUUGAGGCCUUUUACCACUUCAUGGGCAUCUACAUGGUCGGUUUACUCAGUUCUCUUUCAGCAACUAUUGUUUACUUCCUCUAUAUCUAUCUAACUCAGAGAAUGCCUUCUUUUCAACACUUUGCAUUUAUCUGCAUCUCUGGCGCUUUCCACUGGUUUCCUUUCACCAUCAUUGCAUAUGCCACUAUGAUUGCUAGCACCGCCAUUACCCCAACUACCUUUUCUCUAUCAGUAGCCAUUGCUUACCUAGCUCAUGGCCUGAUCCUGACCUUACUCACCAGCACUUUGACACAUUUUCUGGCCAGAAAUAAAGAAACAAAACAACCCCACCUGAUAACUUGGCUUCGCCACCGCCUUCUCAUUGCCUGCCAUCUUAGAUUUACUAAGCUCCUUUCUGGAACAGAAGCCUUCUGCAUUUACUUGAGACUCUUGGGUGCAAAAGUUGGAAAACAUUGCUCCAUCAGAGCCAUCAACCCAGUUUCGGACCCACAACAGAUUUCAAUUGGUGAUAACGUACAUUUGGGUGAUUUCAGUCGAAUCAUUGCUGGUUUCUAUUCCUCCGGUGGAUUUAGAUGUGGGAAAGUUGAAAUGCAGGAUAAUUCAUUAGUGGGAAGUCAAAGCCUAGUCCUCCCUGGUUCAGUUGUUCAAAGAGAUGCUAUUCUUGGUGCACUUUCAGUUGCCCCAAUGAAUUCAGUUCUCCAGAGAGGUGGUGUUUAUAUUGGGUCUCAAACUCCAGUCAUGAUAAAAAACACCAUGCAUGCUUUGGAUGAGAGGAUUGAAGAGAUGGACACAAGAUAUAAGAAGAUAGUUGGAAAUCUAGCUGCAAAUCUGGCUGCCACAACUCUUAAGGUUAGAUCAAGAUAUUUCCAUCGAAUUGGUGUCAGCGGGAAGGGAGUUCUAAAACUGUAUGAUAACAUCAAAGGGUUGCCAGAUCACAAGAUCUUCUACCCUGGAAAGACUUAUCCUGUCACAGUUCGGCACAGCAAUAGCUUGAGUGCAGAUGAUGAUGCAAGGAUCGAUGCACGUGGUGCAGCAAUAAGAAUACUCUCACAAACAACAGCUGGGGAUGAGUCUUCACUCCUUGACUUGACACUGAAAACAGGCAAGGCAUUCUAUGCACGCACGAUUUCUGAUUUUGCAACAUGGCUUGUGUGUGGGCUAGCUGCAAGGGAGGAACAUGUGAAACGCAUCCCUCAUGUGCGCGAUGCAGUGUGGACUUCCCUCUGCCAUGCCAACUCAUAUACCGAGCUGCAUUAUUACUCAAACAUAUGCAGGCUCUUCCGCUUCACGGAUGGACAAGAGAUGUAUGUGAAGUUCAAGUUGAGGCCUUUUGAUGAAAAGAUCAGUGAAGACUCUGGAAAGGUGGAGCCUACGAGUAUUCUCCCUCCGGAAACAGGCGCAAUUCCUAGAGACGCUAAUGACAACAGGCCAUUACUUUUCCUCGCUGAAGAUUUCCAACAACGAGUAAACUCCCCUGAAGGAGUUCGCUACAUUUUCCAGUUACAGUUUAUGCCCGUACCAAGUGAGGAAGCCUGCCAAGACAUUGCACUUGACUGCACAAAACCAUGGGAUGAGAGGGAGUUCCCCUUUGUCGAUGUUGGGGAGAUAUUAAUCAAUCAGAACCUCACCAAUAAAGAGUCAGAGGAGCUGAAUUUCAAUCCUUUUAUCCGAUGCCACGAGGUGGAUGUCAUACGGGCUACAUCAUCCUCACAGAGUGCUUCAAUUGAUCACGGCCGUUCAUUGAUCUAUGAGACUUGCCAGCAUUUGAGAAAUAGGGAACCACUUCCAGAGGCCUGGAGGAUCUUCCUAGAGCAAUCGGACGUAAAAGUGGAUCUUUCCGGCUGUCCUAUGGCAGCAGCAUUAAAGAAACCGGAUUCUGAAAAGGUGACACUGGCAAGAACUUGGUAUCAAACUUCAUGGGCCAUUUUUGUUCAACCAUUACUACAAACAAUUCUGCCUUAUUACCUCAUGGGGUUAGUAAUCUUUGGCCCUUUGAAGUGUGUACUUUACUUGAACACCAUGAAGCAUCCACUGCACUGGUUGCUUCCUUUGCUUUGGGUAUCUUCAGGGAUUUUGGCUGCAUUAGCAUGUGCUGUGACCAAAUGGAUUUUGGUGGGAAAGAAGAAAGAAGGUGGAACUGUUUUGUUGUGGAGUAAAGGGGUGUUUAUGGACACAAUAUGGCAGGCUUUUAGGACAUUGGUUGGGGAUUAUUUCAUGGAAAUGACAAGUGGGUCAUUUUUGUUUGUGGUGUGGAUGAAGCUCAUGGGUUCAGAGAUUGACUUGAGUGAGGGCGUUUAUGUUGAUAGCAUGGGGGCAACUUUGAAUCCUGAAAUGGUGGAGAUUGAAAGGAAUGGGUGUGUGGGAAGGGAAGCUCUGCUGUUUGGACACAUAUAUGAAGGUGAAGGAGGGAAAGUCAAGUUUGGGAAGGUGAGGGUUGGAGAAGGUGGGUUUGUGGGGAGUAGAGCUGUUGCCAUGCCUGGGGUGACCCUGGUGAGUGGGGGCAAUCUUAGUGCUCUCUCUCUUGCCAUGAAGGAAGAAAUUGUUAAGUCAAGGUAAAGGUUCAUUAGUUAAUUUGAAAACCAGUUGCCCCAUUUGGAUUAUAAUGUAAUAAUACUUGUUUGGCUGGUCUAGCAAAUAAAUCACCAGCUAGCAUUAUAAUUUUUAUAGAAAAAUCAGUAUUUAUUGAAA